UAUCCGACGACUUCAAAAAUCAUCCUCGAAAGACAAGAGUUGAUAUCACUUGAGCUAUCUACUAUCUUUACUUUUUCUCUCCUCAAAAGUAAUGGAGAGUGAGGCAGCUCCCUACAUAGGGAUGUUAAUGGCUGAGUGUUGCCAAGUUGGACUCAUGAUAAUAAGCAAACAAGCCAUGUCAGCUGGUAUGAGCACUUUCGUCUUCGUCUGCUACUCCAAUGCAUUUGCCUCUCUUAUCCUCCUUCCUUUCUCCUUCUUUUUUCACAGGUCAGAACAACGUCCUCAGCUCACUUUCUCUCUCCUCGGAUGGUUCUUCCUGCUUGCUCUUUCUGGCUGUUUGGCUCAAUUAUUUGGGUAUACUGGAAUCAAUUAUAGCUCUCCAACUCUUGGGACUGCUAUGUUGAACCUUGUUCCUGGUCUUACAUUUUUGCUGGCAAUCAUAUUUAGGAUGGAAAAGUUGAAUAUUAGAAAAAUAAGUUGUCUUGCCAAAUUGGUGGGAGCCAUGGUGUUGAUUGCCGGAGCAUUUGUUGCGACCCUUUAUGAAGGUCCACCACUUCUGAAUAGGCCUGUUUCUUUGCACACUCAUCAGCUUAGCAUUAUUGGAGAACACACGAGGUGGAUUCUUGGUGGAUCCUUCCUUGCCGUUGAUUGUGUAAUGGCAUCAAGCUGGGCCAUCAUACAGGCAAUUAUUCUCAAGAAGUAUCCAGCGGAGCUGAUUGUUGUGUUCUUUUACUGCUUCUUUAUCACUCUCCAAUCUGGAAUAGUCACAGUUAUUCUGGAAAGAAACCUAAGUGCUUGGAGUCUUAAAUCCACAAUGAGGCUUCUUGCAGUUCUUUACUCGGCAGUUUUUGGUUCUGCCCUGCAAGUUGGUCUUUGCUCCUGGUGCCUACGCAAGAAGGGACCUGUUUUUGUUUGCAUGUUUAAGCCUCUGGGGAUUGCCAUAGCUGCAGUUGCAGGUGUUGUUUUCUUUGGGGAUACAUUAUAUCUUGGAAGUUUGCUUGGGAUAAUAAUAAUAGUUCUCGGGUUCUACUCUGUUAUGUGGGGGAAGGCUAAAGAGGAGAAGAAAAUCAACGACAGUCAGUUUGGCAGCUUGCAGUCUCCCACCCAAAAGGUGCCCUUGCUGGCAAAUCAUGCUAAAGAGACGGUGAAUUUUGCAGCUUAAAGUAGGAUGUCUAAGGCUGGAAGAAGUCCAAACUCCAUAUAUAUAUAUGUGUGUGAUGAGCAUGAAUGAAAGGGUGCAAAUGAUGGUGUUGUAUACUAGUGCAUGGCAUGCACGAUAGUUCUCUAUACACAUGUAUAACUGUAAAGAUAUUACUCAAUCCGGCGAAACGAAGAUCUUCUGCCUGCGUGCUGAGAUGUUUGAGAUUUUCAGCAUCUCUCUAUGAUUGGUUUCGUUUUGUAUGAGAAUUUUAUUUUCAUAUAGUCACGGCGAAUCGGCGAUAAUGGUUGAUCAUAUGUAGAUAUUAUUCAUUUUCAUUAUUGCCCAUGUAAUUUUCUUGUACAACAUCAAUAAAUUAAAUUGUACAUAAUGUAUGUCAUGAACAUUGUGCAGCUAUAAUAAUGCAAUGUAGAAUUUUUGAAAGUA